GCCCAUUGCUCCUCUGUUUCACGUUUUCCUGGCAGGCGAGGACAAGAGUUUAUGUCCCUAUCGGAAGCAGCAUCCAGGGAAGCGGGGAAGGAUGUAGGCCCACAGCCCCGGGCUGGAGGAGCACGCCGUCUGCCCCCAGGUGCGGUCAGGAUGGGCCCCACGGGCAAGCAGAGCCUCUCGUCCGUGCCGGCCCCCAUGGGAGGGUCUUGCCUCCUCCUCCUCUUCUGCCUUCGCCUGGGCACCUCCUGCCCGCAGAGCUGCCAGUGCCCCGACCACGAUGGGGCUGUGGCCGUCCACUGUAGUGCAAGCGGCCUGCAGGAGAUCCCCAAGGACAUCCCCGCCAACGCCGUGUUCCUGAAGCUCGACGCCAACAAGAUCGCCCGCGUCCCCAACGGAGCCUUCCAGCACCUGAGCCAGCUGAGAGAGCUGGACCUGUCCCAGAACGCCAUCGAGACCAUCGGCCCCGCUGCCUUCUCGGGCCUGGCCGGCGGCCUGCGGCUGCUGGACCUGUCUCACAAUCGCAUCCGCAGGAUCCCCAAGGACGCCCUGGGCAAGCUCAGCGCCAAGAUCCGCCUGUCCCACAACCCCCUGCACUGUGAGUGUGCCCUGCAGGAGGCCCUGUGGGAGCUGAAGCUGGACCCCGACUCGGUGGACGAGAUCGCCUGCCACACCUCCGUGCAGGAGGAGUACGUGGGGAAGCCGCUGAUCCAGGCCCUGGACGCCGGCGUCAGCUUCUGCAGCACCCACCACAAGACCACCGACGUGGCCAUGCUGGUCACCAUGUUCGGCUGGUUCGCCAUGGUGAUCACCUACGUCGUGUACUAUGUGCGUCAGAACCAGGAGGAUGCCAGGAGACACCUGGAGUACCUGAAGUCCCUGCCCAGCACCCCCGUGUCCAAGGACCCCCUCAGCCCUGCAUCCUAGUGCCCGCUGAGGGCCAUCACUCUGUGGCAGGUGGUGACUGACUCCCGCUCCUGGUGUCCCCCUGGCCAGGUGGUAUCACAGCUGCUUCUGUGCAGUGCACACUCUGAUCAAACACUUCCUCCAAUUGCACUGAGUCACCCCAGUGCCCUUCGAGCCAGGAGACUCUAUCAGACCCGCUGAGGGAGGAAGAAACGAAGCUUAGAGAACAGACUGACUUGCCUGUGAUGUCACAGGAAACGAUCCAGUCGGGACUUAAAACCAGGCUGCCUCUAAGAUGUCCCUUCCACUCGCAGGCCUCUCCCGUGUGGCACCGUGGGAGCGAACGCAUUCAGAGAAGGAGGGGCUUGUGUCCAUGACUGCGGAUAUCCCCGGUGGAGUUUGGGGUGCAGAUUCACCUGUCGAAGACACAGGUGACCCCACACUGCGGAACGGACGCGCCUCUGCUCCCCUAGUAGUUCCUGAACACAUUGGACCACAGCAUCUGUCCGGAGCCAAGUAGGAGAGCCCAGGAGGGGGAAGGGAGUGAACAACCAUGUUUAUUCUCAAAUGACUGUGAGGAAUAACACUUGGACCCAAAUUUCAGUCCGGCGAGAGGGGGAAAACCCCAAAACCUGAAACUGAAACACCACAGAGAGGAACCCGAGGGCAAGCUCGGCCCAAGUCCCACGCGGUCUGCCUGGCUCGUGGGAAGGCCGGUCAUCAUGGUCGCCGUAGUGCCUUGCUUUUCUACUCACCAACACCUAAAGCAGCUCCUUUCAAAGGACAGGACCGAUGAGUGAUGUUUCAAGGCCAAUCAACGGGAUUCCUCCUUUUCUCCAACAAGCGCGCUCUCUCUCUCUCUCCCUUCCCUCCCCCCUCCCUCUUUCUCUCUCUCUCCACCUUUGCUGCCAGGACUCUCAGAGCUCACUGAGUGCUCGAUUUUCUCAUACUAUAGCUACACGUCCAGGGCAGACGUUACCUCCACCUUUAUGACUCUGAUUCAUCUUCCCAGUUUUAUGUUACUGUCUUUUGUAUGAGUGUUUAUAUUUUACACGACUUGGAAUAUAUUUUUUGGGGGGGGGAAGCAAAUAGGGAUAAAUGGCUAGGAACUGAAUGUAGAAAGGACAGGAGCCUCAUCAAGCAGAAGCUCAGAAGCGAUGAACGAUGGCGGGUGGUUGGUACUUGGAAAGUUCCGAGUGACUUGACGUGGGAAACGAAUGUGGGGUCGCAUUUACAUGCCGAUCCGGAGACCCAGCCGCUGCACAGAGACCUGAGAGGCUCGUCCGAACGCGGCUGUGACUUCUCAGUCACGUGCAUAAACAAGGACCCGCCAAGAGGUUCCCAAUGCCUCCCACACCCUAAGGCGCUGCGCCCGUGUUCACGGGGUGGGGGUGGGGGCGUGCACAGCAUGUGCAGGGUAAAGAGAGGGGCUCACUGUCCAGAGUGGCCGUGGGAGGCAGGGUGACUCGGCCAUCAAUGGCCACCUGCUGCUCCACAGGCCGCCAGCCCACAGCUCUGCCCACCUUUCCAGUGACAACUAAAGCCAAGAAGUCUGUCCACGUGUGUGACAAAGGCUGUGUGGAGCAGGUAGGCUCCGCUGCCGGCUGACCGGCAGGACACAGCCUCCUUGGGUGAUCUGGGUCCCCUCCCCCCAUCCCAUGUGCACUGGUGGGGACAGGGUCCUACCCCACAAGGAACUCACCUGUGGGCCUCCCUGAUGGCUGUGACCCCGGGGUCAGGGGAAGAGAGCAGCACAGGCCCAGGGGUAGAGGGGAGUGUCAGGGUCCUGCAAGGCCUCUUGUGGGUGCCGCCAGCCUCAGCACUUUGGAGGGCCCCUCCUUGCUGCGAGGGACUCCAUUUGCUCUUACCCCCAAAUCAGCCAGCGCCCAAUGCCACCACACGUGGCUCUUCAGGGGGUGCAUGGAGAGUAGGUGGGCUUUCCCCCUCCCGACCACUUUGCUGGCCCCCUGCCCAAGGCCACCUUCCCUUGGUGUGGACCCUGUGGGGACGGGGAGGUGGGUGAGAAGUGGGCGAGGACCUAGAGCACUCAAGGGCCCUCUCCCUUGCAUCGAGAGCCGUCAGGGGCUGCCCACCUCCAGCCUUUUGGGGCUCUUCACCCCUCAUGGAGUCUCCCAGGGGAGGACACCUCCCUCCAGGAAGACCCCCAGGACCUCAACUCCAAGACCCCCAGCUCCUCCCUGCUCAUGGAGCUCCCAGCCCUGGUGCCUGAGAACAGUUUCAGGGCACAGCCCUCUCCUCUUCUUUUUUCUUCUCCCCCUUCCCCUCCUUCCUCUCCCUCAAGGAACCCCUUAGGAUGAUGCCCUGCCUGCACCCCCACAUUCUUUGCUGCCAUAUUGAGUAUGGGCCCCUGGGUGCCCUCUGGGCCCUUAGGCUGAUGCAGCCUUCCCCACCCCACCCCACCCCACCCCAUUGGCUCCAGUGUUUGACCCCAUCUUACAUCUGUAGAGGCCAGGGUCAGGCUGGCCCCGUCCAGGGGACCAGUGUUGACAAUGGUGGUGACAUGGCAAAAGGGGUGCCUCCGCCGGCCCAUUCCCCAGCUCUCUUUGCCAUCCAGAUAACAGGCUCUUCAUAGGGCCUGGGGGUCCAGGCCAGACAACUUUGGGGUUCCUCAUGGGGUAGAGGGGUGUAGUGAGCAGAGGCCCCUGGGCACCCACAUGGGCGCUGGGCACCGGCCCUGCCUGCUGACUGGCUCUCCUGCAGCGGGUCCUCAACAGAAGCGUUUGCAGGGACUUUGAUACUGGACUGAGUUACCUGGGGGAGGCAGGGCUGCUGGCACAGGCUGUGGGAGGUGGAAUGUUCUGGACUCGAGGCAGCUCCCGGCCAUGGCAGCAGCCUGGAGUGGCGCUGGGAGUCCUCCUGGAAGUUCCGUCUAAAGUCUGAUUCCACCGUCCUCCCCCCUCGCUGAGCCCUCAAUAAACCUCCUUGUGCUUAAA